CACUUUUUAGAAGAAGAAGUGAUUAAAGCAUAUGCCUCCGCAAGUAAUGUUUGUAGUAUGAGACUCGAAAGAUUUCGGUUGAAAAAGGAGGCUGUGCCAUCCUUGUUUCCAAGCAACGAUUCAAGCUUUGUGGAAGUUGCUGUCAAUAAUGAUUUGGAUGAAACUUUUUUGCAAGAAAAAAAUUUCAACGUCAUAUUUAGAAAGUAUAAUAUAUCCCCGUGCCAUCGGAAUACUGGAUUGCAACACGUAGUCCGGAAAAUGAUUUCAUUAUUUGGAAUUGUUGGAGGAAAGAUUUUUUACAGUCUUCUCAUAAAAUAGUGCUACGUUCAGAUAUGACGAUAAAGGUACACUUUCAUAGAAUUUUAAUUAUUCAGUGUAUAACUUUCAUUUAAAACAAAAGUUAUUGUUAUUGUUAAACCAUUAUUAAUAUGUUACUGGUUUGUACUUAUAGAUUUUUGUGUCAGACAGAGAAAUAAGUAUAGAUGCUUGGAAAUCUGUAAAAAAUAUUAAGGAAAUCAUCGAACUAUUAAAUGAAGUCACUAAAUAUUUACCAUGCUUUAAAACUGACUUUACAAGGUUCGUACUGUUUAUUUAUAUUUAAAUGAUUUAAUUUAAUUAUAAACACUAUUUACAGAAAUAAAUGUUUUGCAGAUCAAGUAAUUGCACUGGAUUUGUUUUGCUAAAAGAAAUUAAUAAAAAAGGGCCUCAAAUUGAACUGUGUGAACCAUGCAGGUAUUUUCGGCACAAAAGUUCCAAUAAAAAUAAGGAGCCAAUUCUCAGGAAAAAAAACAAAUUGUUACAAAAAAAAAUCAAGAGGAUAAAUGAAAAAAAAAGAAUUUCAAGAAAGGCAAAACGCCUACAAAAUAAAAUUGAAACUCUUAAAACAAAGUGUGCUGAAUGCAAAGAAGAUGCAGUAAAUGAAUACAUUGUGUCGUUAACAGAAGAGCAGCAACAAGCUGUGAGAGCAAUUAUUUCAACUGCUAAAGUUAAAAGCAAGAAUGGGAUACGGUAUAAUAGAGAAUGGAUUUAUGAGUGCAUUCUUUUAAGAAUUAAAAGUUGUAAGGCGUACGAACAUUUAAUAAAAAGAGAAAUAAUGGCAUUGCCCUGCAUUAAGACUUUAAACAAUUACAUGAAAUUUCUGAAAAGUCAAUACGGCUUUCAAAAAGGUGUUUUUGAAGGUAUUAAAAAGAAGACUGAAAAUAUGCCGCCCGAGGAUGUUCAUGGUAAUUAUAAAUGAGAUUAUAAUAUUUUAAAUUUAAAGUUUUAUAUUCUCUACAGAAAUGAAUGUUAAAAAAUAUCUAAGGAUAUUGUAACUUAAUUUUCAGGUUGCAUUCUUGUCGAUGAA